CGGACGUGCAGACGGUUGCCCAGAGGCUGAAGUUCAGGCUGAACCUCUACGAGCUGAAGGAAGGAAGGCAGAUCAAGCCUCAGACUUUUAUGAGCAUGGUUUCCAAUCUGCUCUACGAGAGACGGUUCGGACCGUACUACACGGAACCAGUCAUUGCUGGGCUGGACCCCAUAACACACGAACCUUUCAUCUGCUCCCUAGACCUGAUCGGCUGCCCGAUGGUCACGGAUGACUUCGUGGUCAGCGGCACCUGCUCCGAGCAGAUGUACGGCAUGUGCGAGUCCCUCUGGGAGCCCGACAUGGAACCCGACCACCUCUUCGAAACAAUCUCGCAGGCCAUGCUGAACGCGGUGGACAGAGAUGCCCUGUCUGGAAUGGGCGUGGUAGUGCACAUAAUUGAGAAAGACAAAAUCACCACCAGGACCCUGAAAGCUCGCAUGGACUAGGCCAGCACACCCGCUCCUGUGUUUCACAUCCCAGUCUGCUCGGAACUUUUUUAAAUAAAACUCUCUAUUGUAGUGAA